AUGGGGCAUUGGUACUCCCCAGUCCAAGCCUUGGGUAUAUCGAUAUGUUUUGCCGUUCUUGAUGUUGUUAUCUGCAUCCUCGGCCUUGCAUGGGAUGGGAAGUUCUUUACCUUUGACAACAUCGUCCACUGGUUCGAUUUCCAAAGCUACAGUUUCACGCGGAAUCCGAUCGAUUUCUUGGUAAUUUUUUCUUUCCUUGACGACAUUUUUUAGGCCGUUUGUGUCAUCCGGAUAUGUCUUCUUCUCGGCGGAGCAAUCGGUGUGUACGCAAAUCCAACCAGUGGCGCUCAAGCUUGUUCAAAGUACAGUAAUCUGACGUUUGCCGUCGUUCUCCUAAUGAUUGCGUUUUCCCCAUCCAAAUUACUCGCUUUUUACGAACAUCCGAAUCCACUGGCUGUGGGGGAUUGGAUCUUGAUGAUCUGGUCGAUGACCGCUUGUCUCUUUGUUCAAGUACGUGCAGUCUAAAAUAAUUAAUUAAAUAUUAUUUAGGGAAUCUGGGUGUCAGUGUUGGGAAAGGUGAGGGAUGACGCUUACAGAAGACUGGACGACAGAAACUUCUACGAAUCUGACAACGAAUAUUAUGCUGAACUUCAGAGAGUAUGUGGUAUUCAAAUAAUCAAAAGGCCGAUUUUAGAGAGAGGCCAAGGAACAAGAAGAGAAGAGGGAAACCUUCACCAUGCUUCUACGCCUCUUCUCUUACAUGGCCAAGGAGUGGAUGUUCUACAUGGUCGCCUUCACUUUCCUGUUGUUAUACUCAUUCUGUAAGAAUAAUAAUGCACAAGAAUCACUUUCUUUAAGCCCGUGUCUUUGCUCCGUAUUAUACUGGAGAGGUUGUUGGGGCUGUCUUCGGGGAAGGUGCUUCUUAUGCUCAGCUUCACAAGAAGGUUUUAAUUAUGGCUGGAUUAUGUAUCAGCAGUGCUAUCUUUGGAGGUCUCCGUGGGGGAUUCUUCACCUAUUCCCAGGCCAGAGUUGAUCGCCGUAUCAGAAAUGACUUGUUUAGAUCUUUGGUGAAACAAGAGAUCGGAUUCUAUGACGCCAAUAAAACAGGUGCUUUCACAAAUCUAUUCUUCAACCCGUAUUUUAGGAGAAAUUGUCUCACGACUGAAUGCUGAUUGUCAGACAAUGUCCAACACCCUCUCAUUGUAUGUAAAUGUGCUUACGCGAAACACAACCAUGUUGUUUGGAUCUCUCAUCUUCAUGUUCACCCUCUCUUGGCGCCUCUGUAUGGUCACUCUGAUCGCUGUGCCAAUUAUUUUCUUAGUUUCCAAGGUCUAUGGAGUUUAUUACGAUGUAAGUUGAAAUAAUUUUUGGAUGAUUCCACGAACUGAUCAAACAAAAAUUUAAAUUUUGCACAACAUUACGCAAUUUUAAAUUUUCUGUUUCUUCCUUUGCUCUUCCACAUCCCUAUCAUUUUCAGAGACUGGCCGAGGAAAGUCAAGCAUCGAUUGCCAAAGCCAAUGAUGUAGCCGAAGAGGUGUUAAGUGCUGUCAGAACCGUUAAAAGUUUUGCGUGUGAGAAUUUUGAAUCCCUCAGAUUUCUUGGAUUCCUGAACGUGACUCUUGGAAUCGGGGCCAGAAGAGCCAUCGCUCACAUAGGGUUCUUGUGGACUACAGAAGUGAGUGGUAGAAAGUAAAAAAAGAAACUUAGAUUUCAGUUCCUUCAAAUGGGAAUACUUACAGUUGUCCUCUUUUAUGGCGGUCAUCUUGUCAUCCAAGGAGAGGUAUGUAAAACCGUUUUUAGACGGUUGUAAUAUUUUCAGAUCUCCUCUGGGCUCUUGGUCUCUUUUCUCCUAUACCAAUUCCAACUGGGAGAGAAUCUGAGAGUAAGUAAAGUCAUCAGGUAAGAUAAAUAUUGGUUGCAGGAACUCGGAGAAGUGUGGAAUGGAUUGAUGCAAGCCGUAGGAGCUUCGAGAAAAGUAUUUGAGUUAAUCGACCGGGAGCCCAAAGUAAUCAACGAUGGCCGUAUUGCUCCCGAUGGAAGAAAUGCCCAGAUUGAGGGACGGAUCGAGUUCAGACAUGUCAACUUCAGCUACCCAACAAGACCGGAUCUGCCAAUUAUGAAUGUAAGCAUGAUAUUUCUUAAUUCUUGCCUCCAAUUUAUAAGCCUGAUGUAAAUGUGUUUACAGGAUUUGUCAUUCACUGUAAAUCCCGGAGAAGUUGUGGCCUUGGUUGGGCCGAGUGGAGGUGGAAAGAGUUCUUGCAUCGCUAUGCUCGAACAUUUCUAUGAACCCGACAGUGGGGAAGUUCUUUUGGACGGCGUUCCCAUCCGGGAUUACGACCACAAAUACUUGCAUAAUAAAGUGAGUGCGAAGUGCGUAACCUGGGGACGUCUUCGUUACAGAUUGCUUUGGUUGGUCAAGAACCCGUCUUAUACGCACGUUCUGUCCAUGAAAACAUCACCUACGGAUACGAGCCUGCAUAUAACAACACAGAGAUGGUACAGAAAUCAGCUAAGAUGGCCAAUGCACACAACUUUAUCAUGGACACAACCGAAGGGUAUGAGACGGAUGUGGGAGAGAAAGGAAGUCAAAUGUCAGGUAACAAAUCCAAUCACCAUUAGAAUUCAUAUUAGGUGGUCAGAAACAACGAAUCGCCAUUGCCCGGGCGCUGGUCCGAGAUCCCGUUGUCCUUCUUCUAGAUGAAGCCACAUCAGCGUUGGAUUCGGAAUCCGAGCAUUCUGUGCAAGAAGCUAUCCAAAAGAAUCUGAAUGGCCGGACUGUAAUUAUGAUCGCCCAUCGGUUAAGUACCGUAGAAAACGCGGAUAAAAUUGUUGUAAUUGCUGGCGGAAAAGUUGUGCAACAAGGAGUUCACAAAGACCUUAUCCAACAAGAUGGUCUGUAUAAACAACUCGUACAGCGGCAGAUGUUGAGUAAGUCAAUUUGAUAUAUAAUAGUUCCACGUUGUUCAGAUGGAAACAUUCAAGAGGCCCCUCCCAAGUCCGUUCCCGCUCCGGCAAGAUCUCGGCAAAUCCGCCAGAGCAGAGAAUCCACCUCUCAAGCCCAGAGCUUCUUAGGAACUAGUCUAGCAAGUUCUUAUCUGUGA